GCGUGGUUUGUCAUAAGAGACCGCACCCAUAUUCAAUGCUGCAGAACCUAGCUGUGCUAGGAUGAAAGAUUAUAGAAAAUAUUUUAAGUACAAUAUUAUAUGCAGACUCUUCUUUUGCUGGGUUGAUCCUUUGCUAUGGGUUGGUUGUCGCAGAAGUCUGGCUCAUUCUGACCUGUAUCCUCAUCCUUUUGAAUGUGACUCAUUGUAUCUACAUGAGAAAUUCAAUGGAUACUGGUCAAACGAGCUAUCAACUAGAGGCUCAGCUAAUGUAAGGCUGUGGUGGGUGAUACUGAAGUGUUUUUGGUGGAGAUCAUUACUAAUUCAAUUCCUAGCAUUACUACUGGUAACUGUAUUUAUGGUACAAUCAGAGACAUUGGGUUUAUUAACUGAUUAUUUCUCUCUUGAGACUCCUACACCAGAGGAUACUAAUAAUGUAUAUAUUUAUGCUGCUCUCCUUAUAUUAAUGUCUGCCUUUCUGAUCCUUCUUAAUCUGGUGUUUUAUGUUGGUCGUAAAUUUGGAGGAAUGGUCCGGAUUCUUCUAACCAAUGCCAUUUAUUUUAAAGUAUUAUCCUUAAGUCAGUGCACAUUGAGUCAUGUGACUAUGGGCCAUGUGAUAAAUAUAGCUUCAAAUGAUGUCCAUCGCUUUGAUGAAUGCAUAUUAUACUUUCCGUUCUUUUUGGUAUUUCCCAUUCAUUUAUUUGUGGUGCUAUAUCUUUUAUAUUUAAAAGUACAGUGGAGUUCCAUGAUCAUUGUUGGAGUGAUACUAGUAUCACUGCCAGUAUUAAUCUCUUUAUCUGUUAUUUACUCAAUAUUUAGGUUUAAAGCAGCUAAAGUUACUGAUAGAAGAGUCAAAGUUAUGAAUGAGAUAAUCAGUGGACUUAGAGUCAUUGAAGUAUAUGGAUGGGAAUAUGCUUUUAGUCAACUGGUCUGUAAAAUAAGAAGGGAGGAAGUGUGGGAUGUAUUUAAAGGCAUUAUUGUAAAGCAGUUGAGUGUUGCUUAUGCUACCAGAAUCCACAACUUGUUAAUAUAUGUAUUGCUCUCUGUAUUUUUACUGACUGGAGGUGACUUAACUCCUGGGAUUGUGUACAGUGUCUUUGCUCACACCAUCUUUCUCCGCUUUACAUUUAGUUAUUUUUCACAGGCACUUCUGUAUCUGCUUGAAUCACGGGUUGGAUACAAGAGAAUUAAACCAUUGCUAGCUGUUGUAGGAGCAGUUGGAUCUGGAAAAUCCUCAUUGCUGCAGCCUGCAGUGUUUAUUGAAGGAGCUACCAGUUUUAAGUGUUACAGUAUCAAUGAGAGGAACAGUGGCAUAUGAUAAUCAAGAGGUGUGUGUAUUCUCAACCAGUUUUAGAGAGAAUAUACUGUUUGGUUUACCAUAUGAAGAGGAAUGGUAUAGGACUGUUGUGCAUGCUUGUGCUCUUGAAAAGGAGAAUGGUGAUAUCAUGACACUAGUGGGAGAGAGAGAAAUAAUACUCAGUGGGGGUGAAAAGGCUCGAAUCAAUCUAGCAAGAGCUGUCUAUAGAAAAGCUGACAUAUGCUUGCUCGAUGAUCCUUUAAGUGCUGUAGACUCUGCUGUCAGUAGACAUUAUAUUUGAAAAAGUAUUCACCAGGAGAUGAGGAGCAGUGAUUCCAGCUUUAAUCUCAAUAUAUUCAAGCGAUGGAUGAAUGUAGAUAGUUUCAUAUGUAUGUUGUACUAGUUCUAUCCAGUUAGGUUGAGAUGAAUCAUAAUUAAUAUCUCUACACACUAUCCUCAGUAGUUUGAUGGUUGUAUGUGACUGUAACAUGUUAGUAACAGCAGUUACUGCAUGACUGAUCUAGUGUGAAGUUCACUUUAAGUUCUGUGAGAUUGUUCUUUCGAGAGAUAACAUUAAUAAAAGUUUUUAAUAUCUCUUCAUUCAGUGAAA